AUGAUAAUUUCAAAUAGUAAAAUUGUUCAAGUGUGUAAUGUAUCAACAUCAUGUCAAAAAGAUCAAUUAAAAUCUUUAUUCAGUUGUAUUGGAAUGAUUAAAGAAAUUCAAUUAUAUCCGGAUAGUGAUACUUUAACAUCAACCAUCAAUGGUAAAGUUGGUUAUAUAAAAUUCGAUCGUAUUGAUAGUGUUCAUGGUGCAUUGAACAUGAAUAAUACAAUAUUUAUUGAUAAACCAUUAAUUGUUUCUCAAGUAUUUGAAAAUAAUAUGCCAGAUGAAACUGAUGCGAUAAUCUAUUGUGCACCAUUAAAUCCAAAUAUAACAUUACUUAGUGGUGGUCCAACAUGGCCAAGUACAGUUAUUAAUCGACUUGUUGGUCAACCACCAAAUACAUUUAUUGAAACAAUUGAUCCUGAAUUAACGGGUAGAAAUUUACCACCAUAUCCACUGUUAUCAGGAACACUUGAUAUUUCGAAAGUUGAAGAAAUUCGACGUACUGUUUAUUUAUCUAAUUUAGACAAAGAUAUUAGUUUGGAUGUACUACAUGAAUUUCUAUCACAAAUUGGUGAAAUUCGAUAUAUUCGUUCAGCUUAUAUUGAUGAGAACACUGAAACACGUGGUGCUUAUGUCGAAUUUAAUGAACAACCAUCGAUUCCUAAAGUACUUUCAAUCAAUGGUUUUCAAUUUUUUAAUCGACCAUUAUUGGUCAAUCAUGCAACUUCAUGCGUUAUCAAACCAACUAUUGUACGAGAAUUAAAAAGCAAUGAAAAAGAUACGAAAUUUAGUCCAUCACGUUCUCAAAGUACAUCACAUCAUCAAAAUACCGAAACAAAUGAUGAUAGCGAUGAUAAUAAUGAUCAUUAUUCAUCAUCAAAAUCAAAAUCUCAUAAGAAAUCUUCUAAAUCAAGGCGAUCAUCUAAAUCCCGGCCAAGAUCAAGAAAACGUACUCGAUCACGAUCAUCACGUGAUCGAAAACAUCGUUCACGAUCAUCACGUGACCGAAAACAUCGUUCACGUUCAAAAGACCGUCAUCAUCGAAGUGAAAGUAGAAAAGAUAAAAAAUCCGGAAAAUAA